CAACAACGACAGUAUACAACUGCACUUUAUCUUAAGUUAAAAAAUGCUCACUUAUUCUCAUAAUAUCAAUCAAACAGUAACAGCAACUUAUCCUCCUAUAUAUUUGUGCAUAGGCUUUUUCUUAAAUUCAGCAACCAACUUUUGAACUCCUUUUAUGCAAGCAUGGGCUACAAGCAACUCUCAGUUGUGCUUUUAGUUGUCUUUCUCUAUCAUGAACUUGCUUUUUCUUCAUCCACAUUACCUCAAUUGUGCAACAAAGAUCAAAGUAUUUCCCUUCUAAAAUUCAAGCAGAUGUUUACUGUAGAUCCCUCUGCUUCUCAUUUCUGUAGUGACUAUGGUCAGAACUCUUAUCCGAAAACAAGUACAUGGAAUAUGAGCAGAGAUUGUUGUUUAUGGGAUGGCGUGACAUGCGAUGAGUUCACUGGCCAUGUCAUUGAACUUGAUCUCAGUUGCAGCCAACUUAAAGGGAUUAUUGAUUCUAACAGCAGCCUAUUCCAGCUCUCUCAUCUCCAAAGGCUUGACCUUUCUUCUACUUACUUCUUUCCUUCGGAAAUCUCACCUCUAUUUGGCAGGUUUUCGAGCUUGACUCAUCUCGAUCUUUCUUACUCAUAUUUCACAGGUGAAAUUCCUUCUGAAAUCUCUCAUCUUUCCAAGUUACAGUCUCUUUAUUUAUUAGGCAAUGCGCUCAGUCUUGGACCUCACAAUUUCAAAUUGCUUCUUCAGAAUUUGACCCAAUUAAGAGAGCUUGAUCUUAGUGAAGUAAGCAUCUCUUCCACCAUUCCUCUAAAUAUCUCUUAUCAUAUAACAACUCUGACGCUUGCGUAUACAGGAUUGCAUGGGGCAUUACCUGAGAGUAUUUAUCACUUGCCAAACUUGGAAAUUCUUGAUUUAGAUUCCAAUUUUCAGCUCAGUGGUUAUUUUCCAAAGACCAAAUGGAACAGCAGUGCAUCUCUCAAGGUGUUAUUUCUCUCUGAAGUGAAUUUUUCUGGUGAUUUUCUUCCCGAAUCUCUUGUCUAUCUAACUUCCUUGCUGGGACUGAAUCUUAAUUUUUGCAAUCUCUCGGGGCUGAUUCCGGAAUCUCUUUGGAAUCUCACUCGUAUAGAGUAUAUGGACCUUCGAUAUAACGAUUUUGGAGGACCAAUUCCUCUAUUUAUAAGUGGACUGCAGAAUCUGGAGGAACUUUGGCUAUCAAAUAACAACCUGAAUGGAGAAAUACCAUCCUGGAUAUACACACUUCCAUCACUAACUAAACUAGGAUUGAGGGAUAACCACUUUUCUGGUCAACUUGAGGAUUUCAAGUCCAAUUCACUAAUCAACAUUUCAUUAGGAGGCAAUCAGUUGCAAGGCCAUCUUCCCAAGUCAAUUCAAAACCUUGUGAAUCUAACAAUUUAAGUGGCAAUGUAGACGUCAGC